AUGACUAAAGCCACCGUCUUUAGUAUAUUCCUUAUCAUCCUCGUUCUAGGAAUGAUAACGAAAGAGAUAAAAGGACAAGAAAUGUGCCAUGAUCUUCUGAUAAAAACAGAUUGCGAGCCUGCUGCGUGUACCAAUCUGUGUACCUUGAAAUGGAAGGGAAACGGCGCGUGUUUCCAAAAUGUACAUGUCUAUAGCUGUCUCUGCACUUUUCCUUGCCAGAUUUAA